UGGGGGGAAGAUGAAAAAACAUCAAGACGAUGGCGGCCCCAAAUUUCGUUUCGUCAAAAUUUUGAAAUUUUUAGGGCUCGAAUUUGUAUUUCGAACCGUCUUCCCCCUAAAUACUCGAUUCCUCAAAAUUCUUCGGGUUUUCCCUAAAACCUAAUCACUUAUCAGUUGAUUCCACAACCCUAUCAUAAAUUCUAGGGUUUAUUUACUUCGAUUAAUUUGUUCCUUUUUUACGAGUCUUUCAAGAAGAUUUACUAAUCUGGUAUCGGCUUCCUUUCUUCAAUCAUGGUUCGACAUGUGAAAGCCGAACCGAGUGGUAGCGGCAGCAAGGUGAACGGUGCUAGUCGCAGAAACAGGGGAGAGAGUGAUCAUAACGAAGGAGAUGAUCAAAACGAGGGAAAUGGAUUGGAGCGCAGGGUUCUUCGGUCUCGUUAUCUUGCUGUGAAGAAUCUAAUAAGCGCCAAGAGAGAUGAUAUAACGAAGGCAGAUUCGGAUAAAUUCAGGUUCAUUUUUGAUGAAGUCGAAUGCCUGCAUCAACUGGUUCAGAAGCCCAGGGAGCAAGUUGCUGAUGCAGAAGCGUUAUUGGACAUCACUAAUACACUCAUGAGUUCUGUUAAAGCACAAAGUAACGAAGGAGUGACUCCAUCUGACUUUGUAUCUUGUAUACUAAAGAACUUUGGUAGAAUUGGUAGUGGAAGCGAUGGUGCUGAUGAAAUUAGGAACUCUGUUAGGUGGAAAGACAUUGGUAUUGCAGUGUCUCAUGUUUUUCUCAAGGCUGAUGGAUGCUGCACAAUGCUUGGGCCAAUGAACUGUGAAAUCAAGCAACGAAAGGUUGUAGAGCAAAGAAAGCGUGCAAGAUUAACUGAAAAAGCUCGCCCUGAAGAGCUUGCUUCAAGUGUUACAGAAGAGAAAACAGACACUGAUAAGAACAUGUCAACCAUGUUUGAUGUGUUGAGAAGGAACAGAACUGUAAAGCUUGAAACUUUAGUCCUGAACAGAACAUCAUUUGCUCAAACCGUUGAAAAUCUUUUUGCCUUAUCUUUUCUUGUUAAAGAUGGUCGUGCAGAAAUAAAAGUCAACGAUAAAGGAGACCAUUUAGUUUCACCAAGGAAUGCUCCAGCUGCUAAUGCAGUUGCUUCUAAGGAGGUUUCCUACACUCAUUUCCUCUUCAGAUUUGAUUUCAAAGAUUGGAAGUUAAUGUUGGAUGCGGUUGAGGCUGGAGAAGAACUGAUGCCACAUAGGAUUCCUGUUGACACGUCACCUAAUUCUUCCCAAAAAGUAAAUGAAAAUGAAGGUGUUUUACCAACAACUCCGAUUAGGAAAUUUUCAAGGAACCGUGGUUUGGUUAUACAAGAGGAUACAGUUGUUGAAGACUCACCGGAAAGUGGUGAUUCAGGGUCAAGAGGUGGUGGUGGUGGUGCUAUUCGUAAAGGGAAGAGGAAGGUUAGGUAAACUGUAAAGUAAUAUAUCUAUAGACAUGUGGCAUUAAGCCACUGAUUCUGACUAGAUUCUUAAUACUAUAUAUCUUGUGGCACUAUAUGUUUAAAAUGUGUUUUAGCUGUAUCUGAAUUUAUAUUCAACAUCUUGUUGGUCUUUA